UUGAACAGUGAAGAGUGGAGUCCAUACUGUUGUGGUUUAAGUGCGACCUAUAUGUGAUUUUAUAGGUACAAUGUCGCGAUUUAACUUAUAUUAGGAAUCACUCUACGGUGUAAAGUGAAACUAUUGAGUCGGCUGGUGUCGUCUGUAAAGAGCAGCCCGGAUAUAAUGUCUGGAGCGGCCGGUGGAGGAGGGGGUUCCUCCAGUCUGGGCGCAGCAGCGGCAGCCAGUUGCAGCUCUGCCGGCUCUCCCUACUCUGCUGCAGCCGGAGGAGGCGCAGGGGUGGCCGGGAGGCUGCCAGCCCGGGUCUUGGAGCAUGUUUUCUCCUAUUUAGAGCUCUCUGACUUGAUGCGUUGCGCGCUGGUCUGCUGGCACUGGAACAAUAUACUAGCGGAUGAAAACAGCGAGGUGUGGCGUAGCCUCUGCAACCGGUCUCUGAGCGAUGAAGCCCUGCGAUCUGACAUCCUGUGCAACCUGCCUACCUACAAGGGGAAACUCAAGGCUUUCCAGCAUGCUCUGAGCUCCCACGACUGCUCCCGCAAUGUUUACGUGAAAAAGAAUGGCUUCACCCUGCACCGCAACCCUAUCGCGCAAAGCACGGAUGGUGCACGCGGCAAGAUUGGCUUUUCGGAAGGGAGGCACGCCUGGGAGAUCUGGUGGGAAGGCCCCCUUGGCACAGUGGCAGUAAUAGGCCUGGCCACGAAGCGGGCGUCCAUGCAGUGCCAGGGCUACGUAGCCCUGCUGGGCAGUGACGACCAGAGCUGGGGCUGGAACCUGGUCGACAACAACCUGCUUCACAAUGGGGAGGUCAAUGGAAAUUUUCCACAGUGCAACAAUGCACCAAAAUAUCAGAUCGGGGAGAGAAUACGAGUGAUUCUAGACAUGGAUGACAAGACGUUAGCCUUCGAGAGGGGUUUUGAGUUUCUUGGAGUAGCCUUUCGUGGACUGCCAAAAGCCUGUCUGUUCCCUGCUGUCUCUGCAGUAUACGGCAACACCGAAGUCACUAUGGUGUACCUGGGAAAACCUCUGGAUGGCUAGAGGAAACUGUGCCACCGUUAAAACUAACAGGCCACCGGCAGGUUCAGGACUUUUUCUGUUAGCAGACUGGCGACAAUGUUUGUUGCACCAUUUCCAAAAGCUUUGGAGGCCAAAUGGUUGUGUUUCUUCCAAGCAGAAUAACUCAACGCAAAUAAGUCAACAUAAGGAGUCAGAUUUUGGACUGGAUAAACUACAGGGAAAAGGAUUAUGUGGGAACGGUCAUAAACAUGUUUCUGUAUCAACGUGGAAGUGUCCACUUUUACAGUUUAGCUGCUGGACUGUUUUAUUUACAGGACAGGGGAACAUUAUUUAAUUUCAUGUGUUUCAGGCUAACAGUGCUGAACAUUUACCUGAGAUUUUGUGUCUGCUUGAAUGAGGCCAAAAUAUUCUAAACAGUGGCAAAUACUUUAAGACAGCACUAUAACAAGUGAAACAGUAGUUGGUACCAAUUGCUAUCUGUUGUAUGAGUUAAUGGAAACAGCUCAUCAUGAAUUUACAGAGUUUAAUUAUAACUGAUGAGUGGAUUAUAAUGGUUAUAUGCCAAACCUAUGUGACCUGAUGUUAUAUUUUGCCAUAAGCAAACAGAGGACAUGCGGACCAACUGUCAUGCAUGUGCAUGGAUACUGGCGUAUGGACUGUAACAUCUGCCAUUUUAAAAUACCUAUCCAGUAAUGAUGAAAACUAUACCUGUAUCAUGUUAAUGUGUGUACUUUUUAAUGUGCUACUGUAGUAUAAUACACUAUUUAUUUCUUGGUUUUAUCUAUGGUUCUAUAGAUACUGUAUGGUUAUAAGGCCUAAAAAUAAAGUCUACAUGGUGCCACACUUAGAAUAAAGAUUGUUUGUGUUUAUGUGUGCCCAGCACAGAUGGCUUUUAUACCCAUGGUUGUCAGUUUGUCUGUUCAUACACAGCUGUCCAAUUAGAAAACAUGUCUCCAGCCUAUGUUAUAUUAAUAAAAAAUUUUUGAGGAUAUAAA